UCAGUCUCCUAAGUUAGACUGUGUGUGACAGGGAUGAGGGGAUGAGCUUCAUUUCUGUGAAUGUGUCAGGAUUCUGAAAAUAGGCAGAGAGAGUGAUAGAGAUGAGAGUAUAUGUUAUGGUGGACUUGCUUGGUGCUGAUGCUUUGCACAGUGUCUAACUAAGGAUCCAGUCCUGCGUGUGGCUCCUCUGUUCCAUCACCUGUGUGUUUGUGUGUGUGUGUGUGUGUGAGUUGGUGAAGGUGUGCGCACAUCUGGAAACACAGGGAUCAUGAACUCAAAGGGGGCAAACCUGCACAACAAACGUCAGCCAUCUGAAACAGAGAACGCUCUGAGGCUUCCGGACAUGGACGCGGCCCAGCAGCUGAAGCUCAGAGAAAGACAGCGCUUCUUUGAGGAGGCGUCCCAGCACGACGUGGACGUUUACUUCUCCUCAGCACACUUGCAGAUAGAUUACAAGAGGGCUCCCAUGAGCAGCAUCUCGUCCAUGGAGGUCAAUGUGGACAUGCUGGAGCAAAUGGACCUUUUGGACAUCUCGGAUCAGGAGGCCCUGGAUGUCUUUCUCGCCUCGACUGAGGACGAUGACGAAUGUUCGUGUCCACUAGAAGGUCUCGGAGGCAGUACCGACAUUGAUGCUGCGCUGAGGGAAGAAAUCUCCAUGAGAGUCCCAGACGCCUGUGAGCUCAAAUCACGGAUAUCCUCCACUUCCUCCACCGCCACCUCCGACAGCCAGGGGGAAGACGGCGCCGAAACCCCCGUGAUCCAGUCGGAUGAUGAAGACGUUCAUGAUGACGACGGGCUUUUGAGAAAUGGUACACCUCCAGCUAACAGUGCAGGAGAAGAAUCUGAGCUGUCACUAUGAACAGCAUCACCAGUUACUACUGAUGAAUCCUUACCCCAAUGUUUGUGUGCUGUUAAAGACUUUCUCUGCCUGGUUCUACGUACCAAAAUCUUACAUGGAUUCUAGUAAGCGCAUAUUCCUCUGUCUUGAAUGAAACUUUCUGUUCACCUGAACUGCUGCUGUAGAUGAUAGUGCUUCCAGACAUUUGUCCAUCUUGUAUUGCUUUUAAUGACUAUACGAUGGAAGAGUAGCAAAAUCUCAUUUAUGAUUAAUGAUGCAGGUAUUACAUAUGUACCUUAGUCCUCUGCCAUAUGAAAUGUGCAUUAAUAUACCACGCAUUACUGUCCAGUCUCACUCUUCAUGUCUCUGUAUUUUUUCAAGCCUUCAAGUCAUGUCUUUACUUGAUCUCCACAACAUUUAAUAUAUAUUUUUUUUAAAUAUCAAAAUAAAGGCAAAUCCAACCAUGGAAUAUUAGUGUUUGAAUAUAAUGCAAGUUUACCUGUAGUAUGUGUUCGCCAAUGACUGUUAAUGAAAGGCAGCAUGGAACAUAAUUACAGACUAAUUAAGUUCAUAAUGUUUGCUGUUAUUAACUACAUCCACACAUAGCAUGGCAUAAUUACACCUCUUUGCAGAGAAAUAUUUUCACCUCAGAAUAAUAAGAUAGUACUGUUUUGGUCUAGGUGACUGUUAACUAUUUAUCUACAUUUCAUCCUUUGGUUUAUUCAUCUUUAGUAACCACUUUAUCCUUGGUAAAAAAAAUAAUAAAAAAAUGUUCAAUUUGCAAGUUUAAAAGCUUUAUUGUAUCAUAUAUGAAUUUUGCCCAGGAAAGAAUCAUAAUAUGUUGUAUUUAAUGCCACAUAAGCAAUGCUAAACAUUUAAGGUAUGGCCACCCAAUUGUAGUUAGUUCAGUUAAGUCAUUAGGACAUCGGAUAAUGUCCCUUAACUGUAUAAAUAUAAACUAGCCCGAUAACUCUCACUUAGGUCCAAAAUGAUAUUGCAGAUACUAUAAUGAAAAA